AUGAGAAAACAGAAGAGGAAGAAACAAAACGGAGGAGUUGGGGUGAACGACAUCGGGGAUGUCACCAGCAAAUCAGACUGUGGGAGGAAACAGAAACUGGCAAUCAUCCAUCAGGCUUUGAUCAGGGAUCCAGUGGACAUUAAGACCCUGAGAAAAGCUGCAGCCAGUAAAGGAGGCCUGCUCACUGAUGAAUUGAGGAGAAAAGUGUGGCCCAAAUUACUGAACAUUAAUGUGUAUGAUCUACCACACAAACCUGGUCGAUCUGUGAGGGAGAACCACAAGGACUACAAUCAAGUAGUCCUGGAUGUCAGGCGGUCUAUGAAGCGGUUCCCUAAAGGCAUGCCAGCAGCAGAGAGAGCAGUCCUUCAGGAGCAGCUGAUUGACAUGAUACUGGCAGUUUUAAAGCAUAACUCUCAGCUGCAUUAUUAUCAAGGCUACCAUGAUGUGGCUGUCACUCUGUUGUUGGUGGUCGGGGAGCGUAUGGCUAUUGCUAUGCUGGACAAAUUGUCUAAUCAUCACCUCAGGGACUUCAUGGAUCCUACCAUGGAUAGCACCAAAGACAUUUUAAAUUAUCUGAUGCCUAUUUUGGAGCAGGUUGACAUGGAACUGCAUGACUUUAUGACCAGAGCUGAGGUUGGAACAAUCUUUGCACUUUCCUGGCUCAUCACGUGGUAUGGUCAUGUCCUGUCGGAGUUCAAACACACUCUGAGGUUGUACGACUUCUUCCUGGCCUCGCAUCCGCUGAUGCCCAUCUACCUCGCUGCUACAAUCGUGUUGCACAGAGAGAAGGAGGUGAAGCAAACGGAGUGUGACAUGGCCAUGGUGCACCACCUCAUCUCCCGCAUCCCCCAGGACCUCCCAUAUGAGCUUCUGAUCGGCCGAGCCCAGGACCUGUUUGACCAGUAUCCUCCAUCGUUGCUGGCCAAGCGGGCAGCACUACAGUCCCGCAAAAGCUUGUCCAUAAGCACCUUCCAGGCAUUUCAGCUCUCCACCCUCCACCAGAGGCCAGACUCUGUUCUCCAACGCCUCACCAGGGCUCAGGGCUCCACCACCUCCAGACAUGGCCUGGAAGCAGCGCUGCCCGCAGACAGAGGCCAGCUGUGGCACAGGGGGAACAGGAUGGUAAAGAUGGCUGUGUGGGGGCUGUCCGCUACGCUCGGGGCUGCUGUGUUCGCUGUAGCUCAGACCGCCAUGGACUGGGGACCCGAGGUGUUGCUUCAGCUGUUCUGACGGACACAUGAUGAAGCACGAUGAUGGCGGACGGUCAACUGCUGUCGUCUGUCACGAUGGAUCAACAUUAUGCAGCCACAGAAACACAAACGCUGACUUUGAUGACUUUAAGAUCGUUUCUUCUGUAGAGGUAAUGAUGGUAAGCAGGAGGGUGCCAAACAGGCAGUUUUUAUUAUCUACAAUAAGUAUGUGAAAGGAAGUCUUCUGUGAAGAGCCGA